AUGCAUUCGGGCUGCAUUCAGGACAAUCUUGCUCUGUUGUCUGGACUUUUCAACUGCAUUCGAGCAGCAUAUGAGCGGCAGUCUAAAGAUUCAGACAGCAUUCGAAGUCAUUUUAUCUAUGUCGACAGCAUCGUCAAUGACGCCUUGGACCAGGUUCGUCUGAUUUCACCGGUCUACCCAGCCACCUUUCAGCGAUGCUUGCGGCUCUGGGCCUUCCUCAAUGGGGAAAGUCCGCCUGAGAUGACAGCUACUGUGACCAUCGGCAACACACCGGUCACCCAGAUCCUGGUCCUGAGCCUCAAUUCAGGUGCUAUCAGCAAUAAGUGGAUGGUAUAUGAGGCAUCGCUUUCAAGCAGUCUAGAGUAUACGAUUGUUUUCGAAGCCACCAUUUAUUAUGAGGGCAUUCUUGCUCUCGAUGACAUCAACUUGAAUAAAGACUACUGCACUCCAGCCGGGUCCUGUGACUUUGAGUAUGACAUGUGCACAUUUUGGAACGACCCGUCUGCCGAUGUCGAUGAUUUUGAUUGGAUAAGAUGGAACGGACCAACCCCUUCACUGGAGUCUGGUCCUGCUACUGAUCACUCUACAGGAACACCUGCAGGUUUUUACAUGUACAUUGACUCUGCUGAACCUCGCACGAUCGGCGAUACGGCCAUCCUCUUUUCCCCGAAGGUCGAGGGUUUGAAGUGCCUCUCUUUCUGGUAUUACAUGGAUGGAGCUGAUUUAGCCACCCUAGAUGUGCUAACUGAUACCUUGGUUUGGUCCCAGGCGGGUUCAUCGUAUGGCUCGUAUUGGUUGCAUGCAACAGCGACAACGGGUGCAGAUUAUUUGUCAUAUGUGAUUCAAUUCAUAGGCAGUGUAGGAAUACCUUCUCAAAGCGACUUUGCUAUUGAUGAUAUCAGCAUCUACGAUGGAGCAUGUGCAGGUGUCACCAAUCCGCCGGCAUGUCAGUUUACCUGUGACAACGGCGCAUGCUUGCAGGACGCUGCCAUGGUGUGUAAUUUCAAGGAUGACUGCGAGGACAGCAGCGAUGAACUCAACUGUGGUCCUUGUGAUUUUGAAACCGGCUGGUGUAAUUACACCGACACCAGUAUUGGGAGUAUGGUUUGGCAACGAGGUAAAGGUGCUACAUCCACUUCUAACACUGGACCGUCAAUAGAUCAUACACUUGGAACCAGUGAAGGCUACUAUCUAUACAUUGAUGCGAGUCAGGGAUCGAGCUACAGUGAGGCUAGUUUGAUGUCUCCUGAGCUGAAUGAAGCUAGUCCAAGCUGUCUCCUAGAAGUCUGGGUACACAUGUAUGGAACAGACAUUGGGUCUCUGGGUAUAUACAUCGUGUCUGGUUUGGAGAGUGCACUCCUGGAAUGGCAUGAGGAGACGAGUCAAGACGCAUGGUUCAGGUCUUCCACCGGUGUAGGUCGCAUCAGAGGAACUUUCCAGAUUAAAUUCCUUGCUCAAAGAUCCUUCAAUGUGAUAGGAGAUAUUGCCAUCGAUGACAUCAUUUUCAGAGAUUGUGGUUUUGCAGAUCCUCCUGCCGAUGGCUGUAGCUCUGAAGACUUCACCUGUACCAACAUGCGCUGCAUCAUUACAGACCAAGUGUGUGACCUCACUGAUAACUGUGGCGAUAUGUCAGAUGAAAUGGAUUGUGAUACCUAUGAGCAAUGCAGCUUUGAGAAGGGAAUCUGUAGUUGGAACCAGAUAACCACGGAUGAGCUUGACUGGAGACACUACUCAGGCAUCACAAGGACACCAUGGACUGGACCAGCCCGGGAUCACACCACCGGUCUUCCUGCAGGUUUCUACAUCUAUCUGGAGUCAAGUGAUGGGCAACCGGGAGACAGGGCACGACUUGCAUCAAGGUCAAUCACUUCUGUGUCAUCUUCGGGAUGCUUCCUGCGGUUCUACUUCCAUAUGUUUGGUGAGGAUAUCAAUGAACUGAACGUCUACACUAGAGACACCAUCAACGGCCCGCUGACGAGGAUCUGGAACAGACAAGGAGACCUGGGAGAUUACUAUAUGAGAGCUGAUAUUGAGAUAGACGUUCCUGAAUACCCAAUCCAGAUCAUCAUCGAAGCUACUUGCGGAGAUGGUAUCUACGGCGACAUCGCCAUCGAUGAUACCAGCUUCACCCCUGGCUGUGUGUUUAGUGACACGCCCUUGCCCUCCAUCGCCACCGUGGCCCCCACUCCACCCCCUACCCUACCAACCUGCCCUCAGGGUUCAUUCCAAUGUAACAACGGCACCUGCUUGGGUUUCGAACAGAGAUGCGAUCUUAAUACCGACUGCAGUGAUGGAGAAGAUGAGACUAAUUGUGGUGACUGCGACUUUGAGACUGACAGCUGUGGCUGGAACAGCAUCCCCAACGGACUCUACCUCUGGACCAGGAUCCAGGCGAGCAGCGCCCCCACUGGACGCGGUCCAGACGCUGACCAUACCAAAAACCUCGGGUCUGGCUAUUACAUGUUUGUUGACAGCACGUAUGGAACGUUUGGAAUGACUGCUCUUCUGAUCAGUCCUCUGGUCCUGGGAGAAGCAGGCUCAAGUUGUGAGUUAGAAUUCUAUUACCAUAUGCUUGGCGGGCAGGUCGGGUCACUGAGUGCCAUCGUCUAUGACAACGACCUCCCUGAUGCUUCCUGGAUAGUGACCGGUAACCAAGGGUCAGCAUGGCACCGUGGGUCUCUACUGGUCGGACCACGCUAUGCUGGACAGUACUAUGUAAGAUUUGAAGCUUCACCUGGAUUAGGCUUCGAUGAUACGACUGAGCCGACUGACAUUGCGAUCGAUGAUAUUAGGUUUAUCAACUGUGGAUCAUCAGCAGACUUAAACUGUAAUUUUGGCGUUGCAACAUCAGAAGGGACCUUCUGUGGCUGGACUCAGGCUAAUGGCUCUGAUACGUUUAAUUGGUCCUUAUUCAAAGGACGUACACCUUCAGGAUACACUGGUCCACAGUAUGACCACACAGAUGGAUUGAGUUACUAUGCCUACAUGGAAGCCUCAUCUCCUGUAGUAUCUGGAGAUUUUGCCCGUUUGGAGUCUGGUGCCCUCAGGUCCACUCAGGGUCAGCCGUAUUGCUUCUCUUUCUGGUAUAGCAUGUAUGGUCCUAGCGUCGGAACAUUCCGUGUGAUCCAGAGGGAUCCAGAUGGUCAAAAUGAAGUUAUUGUCUGGACUAAAAGGGGUAAUCAAGCUAGCGUAUGGCUGCCCGGUCAGAGAAACAUCAUCACCUCCUCUAACUAUGAACUGGUUCUUGAAGCGACAAGGGCAGCUAACUAUUACGGCGAUAUCGGUCUUGAUGAUACCGCCCUCACUGUUGGCGCCUGUCCAGGAUCAAUUGACUGUGACUUUGAGCUUGGAUUCUGUGACUGGGAGAACCUAGACUCCAGUAACGAUGACUUUGAUUGGUUGUGGGGAACUCCCAUUUCUGCCGCAGGGAAAGGACCCUCAGUAGAUCACUCAACAUUUACAAACUCAGGGCACUACGUGUAUGUGGACACCAGUGCAAACACCCUAGGUGAGACGGCCAUCUUACAGAGCCAGGACUACAUCCACACCGGUCCUCGAUGCGUGUCGUUCUACUAUCACAUGAGUGGAUCCAGUCCUGGAACUCUUACAGUCUACAAGCAGGAUGAUGGGGACAUGCUUGUUAGCCCCAGCUGGACCAAGGGCGGAGACCAAGGUGACAGGUGGAUGAUAGCACAGGUGGAAAUCAUACCGAACCCUGAUAAGAGUUACAAAAUAUACAUCGAGGCGACAUCAUCUACUCCUUCUUCUGAUAGCGAUCUGGCCAUCGACGACAUGAACAUCGACGACCGCGUGUGCCUACCCGAGGGGACGUGUACCUUUGAGUACGACAUGUGCGGCUACGUCAAUGACUACGAGAACGAUGACAAUAUGGACUGGAUACGAGGGAGCAUCACGUCGUCAGGAUAUACGGGUCCAUCAAUUGACCAUACACUACAGACAGGAUAUGGUCACUAUGUCUUCAUAGAAGCGUCUGGCCCUAAAGCAGGAAGCAGAGCCUGGCUACUUAGUGAGCACUUCUCACCAACUGCAGGUCGGUGCAUGGAGUUUUGGUAUCACAUGUAUGGAGCAGGGGUUGGUGAUCUGAAUGUCUAUACCACCACCGCUACCACAUCACCCAAGCUACUAUUCACCAAGAGUAGGAACCAGGGUGACGUCUGGCUGCAAGGGAAGAUAGAUGUGGAUGCAACCACAACGUUCUGGGUUACCUUUGAAGCUGUGGUUGGGUAUAACUACACCAGUGAUAUUGCUCUGGAUGACAUGUUCCUACAUCCUGAUAUCUGCGCUAUCCCCAUCGUAAUUCCUACCCAAGGGCCACCUCCGACGUUCCCGCCUGAUUCUCACGACUGUGACUUUGAAGCUGGUCUCUGCACCUGGACUCAAGAUAGCAGCAAUGACUUUGACUGGAUCUGGGCCUCAGGAGAGACCGAUAGUGCAGGAACAGGACCCGCCUCAGACCAUACCAAAGGAGACCAAACAGGUUAUUACAUCUACAUUGAAACUUCCAAUGGAAGUCCUGAUGAUGUCGCCCGAUUGAACUCUGAACUCUUGAAGAACGUGGAUGACACCGGAUACUGCAUGGAAUUCUGGUUCCAGAUGUAUGGACAGCACCUCGGCGCCCUCACAGUCUAUGAGAAGAUAGGGGAGGUAGAGGUGGCUGUGUGGACUGAGACAGAGCCCAGAGGACCUCAAUGGAACCAGGUUCACCUUCACUUUACUGAUACAGGGACUUACAUGGUAAUCUUUGAAGGAGUCCAUGGACCCAACACAAUGGGUGAUAUUGCUUUAGAUGAUAUCUCAUUUCAUCCUGGUACCUGCCCCACACCAAGUAUGUGUGAUUUUGAGAAUGGAGCAUGCUACCUGAGUCAGACCCAACUGGAUCAGUUUGAUUGGGAGGUCAUCCAGGCUAAUUCAGAAUCUGUUGCGCCUGCCAUAGACAACACCUAUCGUACUGAGUAUGGACAUAUCUUCUUUGCGGACAUGACAGGACUGUCAUCAAGCAAGGAUCUUGCCAUUGUGGAAACCGGUCCCCUACCACCAACAUCACCAUUAGGCAACUGUUUCCAAUUCUGGUACUCAAUGUUCAACUCUCAAAUCUGCCAACUGCAGGUUUAUAUAGUUCAUGUGAUUAGUGGACAAACUACGUUGCUAUGGGAGAUGGAUGGAAUCGCUCAUGAGGAUGAAUGGCAUGUUAUGGAGAUGAACCUUAAUAAUACCGAUGAUCUUUUUAAGAUUCGAUUCCAAGCCUCCACUAUGGACUUCACCCAGAAUGCUGCCAUAUCUCUGGACGAUCUUUCUAUCAGCACUUACCCAUGCUCUCCGUUUGGCGACUGUAACUUUGAGACCGGUCUGUGCACGUGGAAGAACGAGGAGACGACUGAUGAUUUUGACUGGCAGCGCAUCCAGGGAAGGACACCCUCUGAUGGUACCGGACCAGGGGUCGAUCACACUUUCGGGACAGCUUAUGGUACGUACAUCUAUACAGAAGCAUCGGACAGGACGCAGGGUCAGGUGGCCAUCUUGAAGUCAGGUGACUUCACUGCAACCGAGAAGCGAUGUGUGGAGUUUUACUACCAUAUGAAUGGUGAAGGCGUAGGCAACCUGGACGUCCAGUCACAAGCUGAUACAUCCACUCUGGUCACAACGUUGAAGACGUUGGCCGGAAACAAAGGGGAUGCUUGGCGGCAAGAUAUGGUUGCAUUGGAUGUCAUCAGCAAGGCCUAUUCGUAUCAGGUGAUGUUCCAGGCUACGGUAGGCUCAUCGCACUUAAGUGAUAUCUCCCUGGAUGAUAUCACUUUCUAUGAUGGUGACUGCCCAGACCCUCCAUCUGACUGUGAUUUCUUGUGUGGAGACAGUGCAGAGACCUGUAUACCUUACACACAGUUCUGUGACUUCACCCCACAUUGUCCAAACCAGAUGGAUGAGCUUGACUGCGGAUCGGCAUGCACAUUUGAACAAGACACAUGCCGAUGGUGGAACGCUGGAUCCAGUGCUUAUAAAUGGAUUAGACACCAAGGGGCUACACCGGACUCUAACACCGGACCUGCUUAUGACCACACUACCUUGAGCGCUGCAGGUUGGUACAUGUACGUAGGAACCACGCCCAGCUCAGGCACAGCCUAUGCAGUGUUCUCAUCCCGCAUGCACAACAAUGCCGCAGCAACCUGUGAGAUCCGCUUCUGGUUUCACAUGUAUGGAGAGGACAUAGGCUCACUACAGCUCUACAUCCAGGAGGAAACCUUCCUGAUGAUACCAUGGUUUAAGACUGGAGACCAGGGAGACUACUGGCAUGAAGGAAUCGCUGGGAUUGGAAGAAUCCCUGGUGGAUUCAAUGUCAAGUUCCAGUCCGUCCGAACAUUUGAAGUUCUUGGUGAUAUAGCCAUUGAUGACAUCAGGAUGGAAUCAUGCGCACUACCAGUUCCUCAAACUCAGGAUUGUGAGAGUGAUGAGUUCCGAUGUGAUAAUGAUGCCUGCAUCACAACAAGACGACUCUGUGACUUCACUGAUGACUGUGGUGACUCGUCUGAUGAAGCUGUGAAUAUAUGCCAGGAUUAUGAUAAUUGUGAUUUUGAGGAUGAUACGUGUGACUGGAGUGAGGAUAGCCUGGAUGAUAUCGACUUUCAGAGGAUGAACGGACCUUCAGAUAAGAACUCCAGGACAGGGCCAUACAGAGACCACACAACUCAGUAUACUGGUUACUAUAUGGUAAUGGAUGCAAGCACAGAUGGUUACAAUGAGGGCGAUAGCGCUAGGUUGAUCAGUCAGGUGUACAGCUCCAAUGGUCCUGAGUGUAGGUUCCGUCUUUGGUAUCACAUGUUUGGUUCCAACAUGGGCACUCUAAAUGUCUUCAUGAGGACAUCGAUCGGAGGCUACAUGACCACCCUGUUCACCAAGACUGGCCAUUCCAACGAUUACUGGGAGCUUGCAGACGUCGACCUACCGGCUUCAGGGUCACCCAACUUCCAGGUUGUAAUAGAGGCGAUCCGAGGCGAUGGUCCUUAUGGAGAUAUAGGAAUUGAUGAUACGUCCUUUACACCUGACUGUGUUACAACCACUGGUGGGCUCCCAGCCGGUACCACUACCCCAGCAGCUACAACCAUUGGUCCAUGUGGGGCUGGUAAAUGGCAGUGUGCUGAUCAGACCUGUAUCGACAGUGAUCAGUACUGUGAUUACCAACAAGACUGUCCGGAUAAUUCGGAUGAGGCUUUAUGUGGACCAUGCCAGUUUGAUACCAGCCUGUGCGGGUGGCGUGAUGAGAGCUUUGGGCAGUAUGCAUGGGGGCAGGAGGCAGGGGAUGUAGGAACCAUACCAGGACUCAGUGUACAGGCAGAUAGUGGAUUCUACAUGAGGGUUCUACCUGGUAAUGGUCAGUUCAAUGAGUUUGCAAGACUUACAAGCCCUAUCCUCCCUGAUACAUCCGUUGACUGUCGCUUUGACUUCUGGUACUUCUAUCAGACAUCCUCUUCUACGGUUGAGUUCAAACUGGAGGUGAAGAUGACCGAUCAGUCUGGCUACACUCUAUGGACCCCAUCCCAAUCUCAGAGCACCUACUGGAUGAGUGUAGAUGUUGGUAUGGGGAGGAGAGAAACUACCUAUCAGCUCUUAUUUGCUGGGUUUGUGGAAUCAGACAGUGAUAUCAUUGCCAUUGACGCCAUCUCAUUCACCGGCUGUGCAGUGGAGUCCUAUGUCCCAUGUGAGAUCCAGUGUGAUAACCAGCUCUGUGUGCCAUACACAGCUCAAUGUGAUUACGCUAACGACUGUGGAGAUGGAACAGAUGAAAAUACAUGCAGUGCAUACAGAAUGUGUAACUUUGAAUCAGGCACAGUAUGCGAUUGGAGCCAGGAUUCAGAAGAUGACCUAGAGUGGGUGUGGUUUAAUGGUUUCCAAGGUGAGGUAGAUGGAGGGCCCUCUGAUGACCACACCUAUGGCAAUCCAACCGGCCAUUACUUCUAUCUGGACUCAGCUGAAGGUGACGCAAACAAGAAGGCUUUGCUGGAUGGGCUAAUUUAUUCUAGACCUCAAAACUCUGGAGACUGUGAGCUUCGUUUCUGGGCCUUCAUGAACGGAGCUAAUGUGAAUCGCCUGAGUGUUCUGACCCAAGUAUCGACCCAUGAUGAUCCAGUAAGGACCUGGACACAGACUACAUCAACAGGAGAGGCAUGGAUUAAGUACACUGUCCCAAUGGACACCGGAUAUAAAUUCAAGGUGUACUUUGAAGGUAUCGCAGGAGGUCUGGAUGACAGCAUAGCGCUUGAUGACAUCACAAUGACACCAGGAUGCAUCAAAGACCCUGAUCAGACGUUACCUGAAUCAGUCACACCUACAGAUAGCCCACACUGUGACGUUGGUGAGAGAGCCUGCAAAGAUGGUACAUGCAUCGCGUCAGAGAAGUUCUGUAACUUUAUUUACGAUUGUGAUGAUGUUUCCGAUGAGAUAGAUUGCCCAUCUGUGUGUGACUUUGAGGAUGAUCUGUGUAUGUGGACCCAGGGGGUUAAUGAUAAUUUUGACUGGUCCAGGUACAAUAAUUCAGAGGAUGCCACUUUCGCUGGACCCAUCUUGGAUCAUUCACGGGGUAGUCCGAUGGGUAUCUACUACUUUGUUGAUGGAUUGACCAGCACCAGAAACCACUAUGCAUCCUUGGUCAGCCCUAAGUUUGGCCAGGCAGGGACCAGCUGCAUAGCUUCUGUGUGGUACUACAUCUAUGGCUCCACCUACGGUAACCUUGAGAUGAAGCGCAGAGUAGGAGGCGUGGAUAGAACCGUCAUGAUCAUCAAUGAGGACAAUGCAAUCUCGUCACAGUGGACACAGGCCAAUAUUGCCCUACCACCCUGCCUGUCUAAUUUCAAUAUCUUGAUAGAGGCUGGUAACCAACAAACCACCCCUGCUUCAGGAGGCUACGCCAUCGAUGACAUCCGCUUUGAUAACUGUGCCUUUGACGUGUCCCCAUCUUCCAUCCCAUGUGAAUCUAAUUACUACCAGUGUGCUGCGGAGCAUUGCUAUCCUAGAGAUGACCAAUGUGACUUCACAAAGGACUGCUGUACAGAUAGCGACAAUGGCAGCGAUGAAGCAAGUUGUGCCUCGUACACGCAAUGUGACUUUGAGAGCGGUCUCUGUGAGGUCUGGAGCCUGAUGGCAGAGAAUGAUUUUGAUUGGUCGAGAGUACAAGGCCAGGAUAUGAACCUGUUGACCUUUGACCACACCCUUGAUUCAGGCGAUGGAUCCUUUAUGUACAUGGACCCAUCAAACCAAGCAAGUAAUGGUGACAUAACACAACUCGGGAGCUACAUUAUCCAGCCAACCAGUGCCAACUGCCAGAUGCGAUUCUACUACUACAUGAGUGGCAUCACCGGCGGCACUCUGAAUGUGUAUACUCGCAUGUUUGUAGGAGGCCCUCUAUUGUCAAGAUGGACAGACUCUGGUGAUCGAGGGUUAAUGUGGAUGAAGCAGGUCCUUACUCUAGACAGCGAUAAUAUAUUUCAGGUCAUCAUAGAGGGGGUUAAAGGUGAAGGGUCAUCAAGUGUCUUAGCCGUCGAUGAUACGACCUUUACCCCUGACUGCAGAAAAUCACCCAGCAGUCUCCCAAUGAUUACUACUCCAGUAGGCCGACCAGCUACUACCGUACUAUCUACCAGAGCAAGGACUGAAGCACCUAUCACUACAGCACAGGCAGAGGAAACAACGACAGUAAAGAGACAAACACCUAAAGCUACUGAGGAAUCUCCUGAAUCUAACACUGCCUUGAUCGUGGGUCUGUCUGUGAGCUUGGGAAUCCUGUUCAUCAUCAUACUAGCGGUAUCUACCCUAUACUGGUGCAAAGGAAGAAGAUCUAAAGAAGACUUAGCAAGUCUACGGAAUGGCAUGGAAACAACAGGAUAUGAUAAAGAUUUUGGUAACACGAAUUUUGCAUUACAAGAGGUGGAUACAAGCAUGUUUGGAGAGUACCCAUCAGACUCAAUGCCUUCUGAUGCUGGCAUGGACAAUCCUAUGUAUUCCUCGCCUGCCAGCUUACCCAUAGAUGCCCAAACAGAGGCCUGAUAGGAUCUUGCACCCUCCAGUGUCAGGAUAUAGCCAUUAUUUGGUCAUGACUACAUUUUUCAUAUGUGUAUUAAAGGUAAAGACCAGUAUUGGAAACGCCCCAAUUUCAAAAAAUGAAAUGGAAGCUCUCAUUACCAAUCAUGUGAAAGAAUA